AUGCACUUCUCUCUUUACGUUGCUCUUGCUAUCUUCUCGUCGACCUUUGUGCAGGCUGCUCCCACUGCAGCCCUCGACGCUGCCACCCUCCUUAAAAACGGACAGGAUGCCCAGAAACUGAAUGCUCAAUUCAAAAAUGCCACUGCUCCAACCAGCUGUGACGGAGACCAAACCACAUGCAUCGGCAAUGCAAUUGCCAAAUGCACCAAUGGAAAGUUUGACACUUCCGGUGGGACUUGCUCAAAGUCUGAAAGCUGCUUCGCCAUUCCUAGCAUUAAAACAAACGGGACUGCUCUGAUCUGCACCAGCGAAAAGAGUGCUCAAUCUCUAAUUAAUGCUUCCGGUGCCACUGGAGACGUUACAGGAGCUGGCUCAACUGGGACGCCAUCAUCCACUUCUUCAACAUCUGCACCCUCCCCGACAGCCACAUCAACUGGUGACGGAGAUGACUGCGACCCCGAGGGUGGUGAUGAUAACGAGGGCGGUGAUGACGACGACUGUGAUUCAGACGGCGGUGACACCACCCAAGGAGGCAGCGAAGAUGACGGAGAUUGUGAUGAGACCUCUUCCGCCCCAAUCCCUGCUUCCAGCACUUCUGCCUCUAUCCCUGCAUCGAGCGCUCCUGUCGAGCGCGUUACCGUCACCGUUACCGUAUCCGCAACACCCCUCCCUCCGACUACGCAGACUAUCUCCCCAAGCCAAGCCUCUGAAAUUAUUUCCAGUGCUACCGCUACCGCGAGCCCUUCGUCUGCGCCGUCGACCUCGUCUUUCUCUGUUGGCACAACCAUCCUUUUGACCAUUGGAGGAACCCAGACGCCCACUACAUCCAUUGCUACUUCGGCGCCGGCUUCGUCUGCCUCUGGCCUUGUAAUCGACCUCGGUGGAAUCGGCGGAAGCUCUUCCACUGCCGCACCUGCAAUUACCUCUCCACCUGCCAGUGGAAGCUCAGACGGAGGUUAUGGUGGAGGUUACGGAGGCUACUAG